CGGUGACAGCUUAUAUCAUCGGCAGGAAAGAAAGGAUUUGCAAAUGGAGGUGGCAGAAAUGAUCAUUCUUUGAACGAAAAAAGUUACAUCUAGCCAUGUCUGAGUCUCUGUAUGAGAAGUUCUUGGCCCCAGAGGAGCCUUUCCCUCUCCUCUCUCAAAGAGCCAACCUCAGCGAUGUGGGAACUCUGGACGUCAGUGACUUUGGCUGUCAGCUCUCAUCCUGUCACAGGACAGAUCCUCUACAUCGCUUCCACAGUAACAGGUGGAACCUGACUUCCUGUGGGACCAGCGUUGCCAGCUCAGAGUGCAGCGAGGAGCUCUUCUCCUCUGUGUCUGUGGGCGAUCAGGACGAUUGUUACUCCCUCCUGGAUGACCAAGAACUAACGUCUCUGGACCUGUUUCCAGAGGGCAGCGUUUGCAGUGACGUCUCCUCCUCUAUCAGCACCUAUUGGGAUUGGUCCGACAGCGAGUUUGAGUGGCAGUUGCCAGGAAGUGACAUCGCCAGCGGCAGCGAUGUCCUUUCAGACAUCAUCCCGAGCGUGCCAAGUUCACCCUGUCUGUUUUCCAAGAGGAAGCCUAAGCCCCACCCCCACCGCAACCUGGAUGAGUUACCAUGGAGCGCCAUGACCAACGAUGAACAAGUGGAGUACAUCGAGUACCUGAGUCGGAAGGUCAGCACAGAGAUGGGUCUGAGAGAGCAGCUGGACAUCAUCAAGAUCAUCGACCCCUGCGCUCAGAUCUCUCCCACCGACAGCGAGUUCAUCAUCGAGCUCAACUGUCUCACAGACGAGAAACUCAAGCAGGUGCGUAACUACAUCAGAGAGCACAGCCCCAGGCAGCGUGCCAGCAGCACCAGAGAGGGCUGGAAGAGGAGCAGCCACAGCAGCGCCAGCACCGGCGGCGUCAGUGGGGCCAGCAGCAGCAAUGCCAGCAUGGUCAGCUCCGCCAGCUCCUCCACCGGCUCCACAGCCUCCAACUCUGUAGCAGGUGGUACAGCAUCAGCCUGUAGUGGAAGCAGCGUUGCCAACAUCAGCAGAGCUCACAGUGAUGGCAACCUCUCCAGUGCUGCAGAACGUAUACGAGACUCCAAAAAACGUUCUAAGCAGCGUAAGCUUCAGCAGAAAGCCCUCCGGAAGCGGCAGCUGAAAGAGCAGCGUCAGGCCCGCAAGGAGCGUCUGAGCGGACUGUUUCUGAACGAGGAGGUGCUGUCGCUGCGAGUGACGGAGGAGGACGACCACGGGGAUGACCUGGACAUACUGAUGUGACAGCAGUGAAUCAAUCAGUGCUCCCUCUACGCCUGUUCCCUCACCACCCAGACACCGCCAUAGAGCUCAUAGACCACGCUACUCCACGUCACUGCAUGCAUUAGCUUUCAGUAGGCUAACACAAUGCAUUUUGUAAUGUCUGAUAGGCAGUAACAGCUCAUAGUAGCUUCUAACUUAGCGUGACAUAUCGCUUGCUUAUACUAGUGAAGUACUGCUAGUGCUAAAACUGAUAGCUGCUGCAAUCUCUGCUAAGCUAGCUAUAGCAAUAAUGCUAAUAUACUGCUAAUGCUUUGAUUAUACAUCAGUCCAGCCUGCUUAUAGCCAGUGCUAAUGCCGCUGAAGCUCGCAGAUGCACACGAAAUAUACACUACAAAAGGAUAAUUAUUUCAGCUUAAUAACAAGACGAUUGCUUAUAUAUAGAUGCCCUAACAGCGUAUAUCCACUGCUACUAAUACAGCCACCACUGGCAGAAGGACAGAUCAGACAUGAGAAGCAGAGUUUGGCCACAGGAUGCAGAUACUGCUCUGCAAAGAACAUUUUUUCAGAACAUACAGCGGAACUAUGUGCAAGGAGGCAGUAUUUCAGCUAAUCUGAUCAAAGUUUCCACCUGUCGGUGGCACACAAACAUACUUUACAUGGCUAAAUCUGCAUUGGCUAAACUCUCUUCAUGUGCAGCUCUGCUUUAAUCUGCUGCAGGUAAUGUAACGGCAUGAUUAUAUACCUGUAGGUCUGCAGUCAAAGGGGCUUGAGUGCAAAGUAUCAGUAGCAGUUUUAAGGUGAGUGUCCUCAUAUAGACACGUCCAGAUGUGACCUCACAGAAAUACGUGAAAUGCGUGGUCAGGAAGGAGAAUUUGGCAUUCAAAGUCAAGUAGUAAAAACAGCAGUAAGUAGUUCCGGGCAACAUGGUUUCAAAAAUAAUAUCAUGAUACUUUUAGGCUGUAUCGCAAUACACAAUAUAUAUGUCAAUAUUUU